AUAGAAUGAUCUCUUCCAAGUCUUCAGGUACGUGGUGUUGGCCGGCCAUAUCCAUGCAUACUCGAUUCGUGCACUACCCUAUUUAAAGAGAUGAGUAAGUUCUAUCAGUAUGGGCCUCUACAUUUCAUCUCUCUGCGCUUUAAUAAUAAAACUGGUGUUUGCAGUAACCGACGAAAUCGCUGACCAGCUAUGGAGUGCAGUGUCUACCCAAGAUUUGGGUGCCGUGGAGUCUCUAUUGAAGCGAGGCGCUGAUCCAAACCAUGAAUGCUACUGGAGCAAAGAUUGGACGACACAUAAAGUGGACGUGUCCACAGAAGAAGGCCGCAAUCCUCCACUGCAUACUGCUUGUAGAGAUGGUAAUAUCGAGAUUGUCCGUGCCCUUGUGAAAGGCAGGGCUAAUACAAAGAGGAUUGGUGUAUAUUUUACACCUUUUCAGUACGCCAUUAUCGAAGGUCAUUAUGAGAUUGUGCAAUACUUGGCUGGCAGUCACUACACAGUUGACGCUAAGGAUGUUGAAAUGGCUGCUAACUUUGUGCGAGUUGGAGACGGUAAUCUCAACAUUGCUCUGUUCUUGCUGACCGACACUGGCAGCCAGAUUGACGAAGCUACUAAAGUGAAGGUGCUCUAUGGAGGGUGUGCAUGGGGAAGACUGGACGUGGUGAAGACGAUCGUCGAGGAACACAACCUGGAUCCAAAUAAAAGAAAUUCUAUCAUCACGACUCUCAACUAUGUUGACUAAAAUCACGUCGAUGACAGUUAGUGUACUUCCCCAACCUAGGAGUGUAUAGCAUGGAAGGGCGGUCUCCACUGAAGGCAGUACUGGACUCUCUCAAUAUCUUCUCCUAUAGAGGCUGUGUGGAUGUCGCUCUGUACCUGAUAAGUGUGGUUGCGGUGGUGAGGAGGACAAAGUCAAGUUAUUGUACAAGGCAUGCUCAGUUGGCAAGCUGGAUGUCGUGAAAGAACUGGUUGAACAACACGGCAUCGACCCCAACGGUCUGAGAAACGAUUCAGGACAUUCUCCACUGGACACCACCAACCUGUACAUUCAUGAAGACUGUCUGGAUGUGGCUCGCUAUCUAAUCCAGCGCAACGGCACCGCCACUGAGGAGGAGAUGGCGUGGUUAAUGAAGGGAGCGUGCUACUGGGGUAAGCGGGACCUCUUGAAUGAUUUAGUUGGUGACCCUGUGGAUCGCAGUAGCCACUUGAGAGUUUUGAAGAAUGCACUUUGGGAGUUGAGGCCAAAGUGGUACCAUCUGGGGAUAGAGCUGGGAUUAACUGACGGAACUUGUAAGGCCAUCGAAAAAACCAACCGGGGAGUGUGCGAAGAUUGCUUUACAGCUGUGUUAACAGAAUGGUUAAAGAAUAACCCUAAAAUGUCCGCACUAUUGGAGGCUCUGAAAUCACCGAGCAUUAAUAGAACUGACGUUGUUAAAGAUCUUGAGGAGAGUGGCAAACUUGUUUUAUGGUAGCUAGGUCUUCAUGUCAUAAUUAUUAAUGCUGCAUGUGGUUGAUUGAAAACAA